CAAACACAGUGCAACAACAAUGGCGGGUAGACUAGGAAGAAGAGUAGUUCACUUCGCAAAUCUUCCCAUCAAACUCUUGAUGCCCACCACCCCAAACUUAACAAGCAUCUCAGAAAUCGCGCUCAAAACCAUCCCAUCAGCUUCGAAGAUCGAAAUCAAACGGGUCCUCGAGUCCCUCUACGGCUUCGAAGUCGAGAAGGUCCGUACGCUCAACAUGGAGGGAAAGAAGAUGAAGCGGGGCGGCGUGUUGAUCGCGAAACCCGACUACAAGAAGGCUUAUGUCACUCUAAAGAAUCCCCUUUCAUUGUCGCGAGAUUUGUUUCCUGUUGGGAUGAUUUUGGAUGAAAAGGAGCGGAUGAAAAAAGAGAAGAAGUCGAGUUUUGUUGAGGAAGGGAAGAGACAGCAUUGGCUUGAGGGAGAGACGAGAAGUGAAGAGAACAAGAAGAAGAAGGGGAAGGGGUUGGUUGAUGACGGGGCAGCUGUGAAGUUUCCAUGGAGUAGCAUGAGGUCGAGGUAGAAAAUGCUUGUUUUAUCGAUUAAUCAGAGUUUAUGGAUGAUUAAUUAUGGUUUAAUUAAGGUUUUGUUGUUCUUGUGAUAAUGGGUUGUUGUGAACUUCAUUGAAUAAUAAUGAAAGUUUCAGAAUUUUUUA